UAUCAUUCCUGGUGCAAUCACUCCACUUGCCGAAGCUUGCUGGAGCAACAAAGGGUCUUCUUCUUCCUUCACCGAGUACAGGAUCAGGAGAGGCCAGCUUUCGGGGAAGAAGUACAGGAGAGUCGGAGAGGAGAGUUCACGAGCAGGUUUUGCUUCCACCCAGCUUUCGAGAUUACUUCCUUUUCCGAAUGGGUGGAGGUCGAUCAUCAACCCACAGUUUUGCUUCCAUCCAUCAGGGGUAAGGGAACUAGGGUUGGCUUUUCCAGCGUCCAUCAGUGGGGGAGGGAAUUCGGGUCUUGCUCGGGAUCCGGGUGGGUUCCCGUGCUUUUGGGUCGGGUUCCGGGUUUCCUUCUUGUGCUUUCGGUUCGGGAUCCGGUCUUUCGGGUGUUUCCGGUCGGUCCAAUGAGCCAUGUCAGCAAACUAACGGCCACAUCGCCAAAACGGACGGUGUUAACGCCACGUGGGUGGGCCGUUAACUGGGGUUGACGGAUAGGACCAAUUCUGCCCCUUUUCCCAAACUUGUAGGACCAUUGCUGACCCUUUUCUCAAACCUUUAGGACUUCAUUUUUCGUUUUGAAAAUUUUAGGACUUAAUGUCAAAAAAGGGCAAAGUUUUAGGACCAAUACUGUCAUUUUCCCUAAUUAAAGCAAUGAGGUAGGCGACGAGGAGGAACUUGCACAUCAAGGAAAACGAAAAUUCUUUACCUUCUUUCAUCAUCAUCAUCAUCAUCAUCAUCAUCGUCAUCAUCAUCAUCUCCUGCUUGUUCUUUCCCUUUGUGCUGUGUCUGUGUCUGUGUCGUGUCCACUCUCUCUCACUGGAAUUCCAAACUGGCAACAGACAGACCACCUUUGCUUCCUCCUCAGCUCACACCACCCCCACGUGCCCUCCUUUCCUCCUUCCUCUCUCCUCUGCAUCAGAACCCAUCUCCUUCCUUCCUUCCUCCUCAGCUAGCACAAACUCCCAUCCCACUCAGCUCUCCCUCCCUCUCUUCUCCAUAGCCAACCGGAAGAGAGAGAGAGAGAGAGAGAGAGAGGGAGAGGGACAAGGGGGACAAGACCCAGAGAGGAGCAAUCAAGAAACGCAGUAGAGAGAGAGGGGGAGAGGUAGAAAGCUCGGGUCUUGUGUGUGAUGUCGUUCACGUGUUUGAAUGAAUGUGGGAAAGAAGGGAGGAAGAGCAAUUGAAGAUCCAAUCCAAUGCACGCAUACAGUAGGCUGCCCAGCAGCGGACGCUCCACCCCCUCCCCGCCUCCCUCCCCACUCCGCUCCCCGCGCUACCGCCACAGCCGCUCCAAGGCAGCCAGCUUCGGCCGGUUCCCUCCCCCCCAGCCCGGCCGGACCCUCCCCCAGCGCUUCGCCUGGCUCUUCAUCUCCCUCCUCCUCCGUCGCCAGGGCGUCUUCCUCUUCUUCCCCCUCGUCUACAUCUCCGUCAUGCUUCUCUACAUGGGCACUGUCAAGUUCGACGUCGUCCCCCCCAUCUCACUCUUACACCGCCCCGCUCCCGGGUCCCUCUACCGCAGCCCCCAGCUCUACCAGAAGCUCAAGCCCGAGAUGGACGCCGAUAAUUCCUCUGCUGAUGCGAUAUCGACUAUAUGGAAACACUCCUAUAAAGGUGGUGAGUGGAAGGCCUGUAUUGGUGAUUCCACUGGAGGGCUCCCCGAGUCAAAUGGUUAUAUAUAUGUUGAGGCAAAUGGUGGCUUGAAUCAGCAGAGAACUUCGAUAUGCAAUGCAGUUGCUGUGGCAGGCUAUCUCAAUGCAACUCUUGUAAUCCCCAAUUUCCAUUUUCAUAGUAUCUGGAGAGAUCCUAGCAAAUUCAGUGACAUCUAUGAUGAAGAUUAUUUCAUUGAUACCUUGCAAAAUGAUGUUCGGAUAGUUGAUAAGAUUCCUGGGUAUAUAAUGGAGCGAUUUGACAGCAACAUGAGCAAUGUUUACAACUUUAGAGUGAAAGCAUGGUCUCCCAUUCGUUACUACGGGGAUGUGAUCCUCCCCAAGUUGCUUGAAGAGAAGGUUAUACGAAUAUCUCCCUUUGCAAAUCGAUUGUCAUUUGAUGCUCCUCCAGGAGUUCAACGGCUCAGGUGCCUUGCAAAUUAUAAAGCGUUGAGAUUCUCAAGUCCUAUUUUAAGUUUAGGAGAAACUUUGGUAGCCAGGAUGAAGGAACAUAGUGCUAAAAAUGGCGGGAAAUAUGUAUCUGUUCAUCUCCGUUUCGAGGAGGAUAUGGUUGCUUUCUCUUGUUGUGUAUUUGAUGGUGGAGAGCAAGAGAGGAUAGAUAUGAUUGCGGCAAGAGAGAAAGGUUGGAGAGGGAAAUUUACUAAACCAGGUCGAGUCAUACAACCUGGAUCUAUCAGGAUAAAUGGGAAGUGUCCUCUCACUCCUUUAGAGGUUGGUUUGAUGCUCAGAGGGAUGGGCUUUGACAAAAGUACGUCUAUUUAUUUAGCAUCUGGACAAAUAUACAAUGCCGAGAAGACAAUGGCCCCGUUGCUAGAAAUGUUUCCUCAACUAAAAACCAAAGAGAUGCUUGCAUCAGAAGAGGAGAUAGCCCCAUUUAAGAACUUCUCUUCGAGGAUGGCUGCAAUAGACUACACGGUCUGUCUCCACAGUGAGGUGUUUGUGACAACCCAAGGUGGAAACUUUCCGCACUUUUUGAUGGGUCACAGGAGGUAUUUUUAUGGAGGACACUCUAAGACAAUCAGGCCUGAUAAGCGGAAGCUGGCUUUGAUCUUCGAUAAUCCCAAUGUUGGAUGGAAAAAUUUCAAGCGUCAGAUGCUGAGCAUGCGAUCGCACAGCGAUUCCAAGGGAUAUGAGCUCAAGAGACCUAGUGAUUCAAUUUAUACCUUCCCAUGCCCUGACUGUAUGUGCCAUACAAAUAAGACGGAAGAUUCGAGAUCAUCAUCAGCCACUUGAUUCUUUGUGCCUGUCAAUUGUUGUAUUCUUUCAUUUGUUUUGCCCUCUAGGUACAGAAAGAGGGUCGAAUCAGAUCACAAAGUCGACUUUGGGAGCUCUUGAGGGUUUUAAUCGAGGCCAAAAAUUGACAUUAUACAUUGUUUCCCCAUCGAAGCCAAGGGGUCCGUUGCAUCUAUUUGGAGAUGGUGCUGAUGAUGAGGGUUCACAAAAACUGUCGAAUCUCCCAAAUGCUGGAAUCCCAGGGCACUGACUGAGAGAAUUGCUUCACAUUCUGUACUCUUAACAGGAAGAUAACAGGUUACAUUCUUUCACACACUCGCCCUUUCUCUUAGCCGUGUUUUGUAUAUUAAUUGGGAUUUUCAUAGGAUCUGAUGACCGUACUGGGGCGGGGGGUGGUUAACAUUUGUCCAUUCGAGGAGGAGUUGGGGUCGUGAUUCUUUUGUGGAUUGAAUCAUUCUUUUGCUGAGAUAGAAAAUCCUUUAUUCGUAGAUUUGUUGUAAGCUAUUCUUUAUAGUUGGGCAUAUAUUCUUUUGGUUUGGUCCCUUGAGUAUCUAUCGUUACUCAGUUCUUCUUUCAGUUAUUCGUGGUUCCUAUUAGUUUCAUUGAGAGAUUAAACCUUGUAAUCUACUCGAAUUCUUCAAUGAACAUCAGCAUAUAUUUGAUUAGUUAGCAGGUCACCGCUA